GUCACUCGAAAGAUUUGUUUAUAUUUUUUUAAUUAUUUAAAUUAUGGAUGAUAACGAUGGUGACAGUGCUUUUAAAUUAAUUACUGGUCUGUGUGAAAAAUUUUACAGUGACCCAGAUAAAGUAAAAAAGUCCCGAUCAAAAUGUUAUGAAAUAUUGCUGGGAAAGCGAAAACCAAAUUAUCGGAAAGUAUUUAAAGAUUUGAAAGGAACCACUGAUCCUUUUUGUAAUUUACUAUCAUGGCAGCUAACUCUCAUACACGACUACAAUUUAAGAGGUCACGCAGACAAUUUACAACAGUGUGCAGAGGAAUUUCAACAGUGCUACGGACACGAUAUUGAUGCAUGCAACAGUAUUUUACAAUUUUUAUUGAGUUUAAGAAAUGUGCCAACAAGAGACGAUAACUUACUAGAUUUAGCAUCUCUGCCGCCAAUAGACGAAUUUGAGAAUUUCAACAAACUCUUUAAGCUGCCUGCGGCACUUCUGGAAGAGUCUGAAAGAGCUACCGUUAAAGAUUUUGAUUUGUUGUCUCUGUCUAAACAACAAGAAAAUAAAUGUACCGUUCACCCAGAUCUCUCCCCUGAAGGAAAAUUCAACGAGAUAUUCAAAGACGAGGGAUACUAUUCUCCUCCACAAACUCCAGAAGAUAAUAUCUGGGAAGUUGCAGCAAAAUUAGAGUACAGUAAUCGUCGGAAUUGGGAAUACUUUGGGUAUCCUGAGCCGGACAAGGAGCGUCCUUUUCUGUCUGAAUUAGGGCCUUUAUCUUCGUUAUGGGUAGAAAAUUUGGAGUCUCUGUACAUGGUUAAGUUGUUUAGAGAAGGCACAGUUUUCAACUCGAAGUUGAUACCCAGAAGGGCUUUCAUAAGAGAUCUGAAGUAUUUGCUAGUGGGUAUGGUGUCGGAUUCUUUUAGUUUCGACAAAAGAGGUGAGUUUUAUAUGAUGCCCAGUAUAACGGUGGAAGGUAUAGCACCCGAUACGUUAGAGAAGUAUUGUAACGACUUGAUGUUUAGUAGCACCUGUUACAAAGCUUUGAAUAAAAUGAGUACGCCAGAUCCUUCUAGCGGAAAAUACAAGUAUGGAGGGUACAUUUUUAUGGAAUUUUGCGAAAGUAUUAACCGCUACUUAAAAUUUUAUUGUACGGCAGCUUUCAACAUCCCGGAUUCGACAAGUUUUCUACAUUUCCACGAACAGACUUACCAUUUAAGACUGCAAAUUUCUACUUUAGCUUCUAUCUGUAAAGUGGGACCCUACGUAGAGUCCGAAGAUAUACCGCACGGGGUCAAUUUGCUUAAUUAUUUAUACCAAAAAGUACUUAGUUUGACUGACCAAAAAGUAGUUUUAGUACUAUAUUCCAUUCUUUACCCCUGCUGUCAAGUAUAUUUUAGCCGAUUUCUAAAACAGUGGAUUCUAGAAGGUACUAUAAAUGAUCCAUACGGGGAGUUUUUUAUUAAGCCGAACUUCAAAUAUAUUUCUACAAGAGGGCGUACUUAUUGGACGCGGAGUUAUACAAUACGUGAGGAUAUCGUACCAGAUUUUCUGAUAGAUUUGAGAACGGACAUCUUAUUCUGUGGAAAAACGAUGAACCUGUUGAAACUCUGCGUUAAUUCGAGCAAAUUGUGUUUGUAUUUAAUGGGAAAGAAGCCUGCGAUCGUGUCCUGCUGCUUAACGUUAGACCAACUUUCUCUCCUGAAACAAAACGCCACAAGCUAUUAUUUAGAAGUGUGUUCAGAGUGCGGGUCAAGAUUCAAUCUGGCCCAGGUCCUAACAAAAUCGCGUGAGCAAGAUCCCGUAUUCAUGAGUUUGAUUGCCAAAAAGAGAGCUGUGACUUUGAGGCGCCUUACUUUGGAAAGGCAGAAAAUUUUGGAGGAACAGAAUGAGAAGAAGUUGGAGGAUAUCGUUGCGCUCAAGGAACAAUAUGACUCGGCACUACUACAAAAGCAAUCUAAAAUUGCCCUGGAAGUAGAAAAGGAAAUGAAGCAGGAGGAAGAAAAUCUCAAAAUCGAAUUAAAAAGGCAGAGACUUAUCCAAGAUGAAGCGAAUAAAAUGGUCGAAUAUUACCACCAGCUAUUUGAAACGGCUGAAAAGCGAAGAGAAAAAAUUAAAAAUCACAUUAAGAAAAUAAAAAGUAUCCACAUAGACCCAAACCUUUCAGAGAAAGAAAAACAAGAGUGUCAGUUGCAACAAAAAGAUAUCCAAGAGCAUAACAACAACAUAGAAAUAGAUAAAAUUGAAAUUGAAACAGUGAAAAAUGUAACUGAAAAGUCGAACAGCUCGACGGAGAGCUUUUACUCCGUUUCGGAUGUGUCUUGCAAAGAAACCGAAAUAAACGUCGAAUUGAACCAAAUACAUUCGUCGGAGUCAAUGGAUAUAAUAAACGCCAAUGAAAUUAACGCCAGAGACGAAAAUUCUAACAAGAACGUAAUAAUCGUAAAAGAAUCGGAUACCAAGAAUAAAACUAUCCAACAAGCCAUUGACAAUUUUGAGUUAGCCCGCAAAAUCAAGCAUAAGGUGAUGACCGAGGAAAUGGGCAUAGACUACUGCCCUAAAAUCGAAGUUAAACCAACAGACAAUCCUACGCUCACCAUUUUAACCGAUGCUCAGAAGAAUAAACUGAAGGUAUUAUCCUCGGAAUUCGGUAUACAAAUCAAGACGGAUAAUAUCAGAACGGGCAGACUGACGAAUGCCGCGAUAAUCAACAGGAACAAAGUUAUGGGCAUCAGCGACUGCUUCCAGUACAGCCAACUCGAUAACGAGAACUUCUUAAACAAGAACAUUCGUAAUGCAGAAAUCAUCACUAGAGGUGGGGCGAUAAAGAAGAGCAAAUCUCUUUCGCUGGACUUCGAUAAACUCAGCGUAAAGAGUCACAAGUCGGAAGUGGACAAACCCGUUCCUAUGUCAGUUGAUUCGACACCGUUGAGCGACUUGCCUCACAGUACAGUGACAACUCCCAGCACCAUGUUCUUGAGCAUAGACACGAAUCAAGUCGAGAGUAUACCAAAUACCGCUGAAACGCAACAGACGGACGAGGGUUUCAACUUCGGAACGCCACAAAACGACAGCAUUUUCACUAUUUACUUAGAUCGGAAAGAGAGCAAUUACGAGAAGACGGUGUUUUCGAAACGCGUGGUACCCGAAGAGGCUGCGGGAGUGUCAACAAACUGCCUCAAGUUGUUUCUGUAUGAAAGCGUCCACAUACCACUCGUAGCGCAAAUGAAACUAGUCAGUAACGAACUGCUCCGUUACUUCAUAAACGAUCUCAAUUACCUGCAACAUUUAGAGAGCCUGAGGGACUACUUCUUCCUGCAGGACGGAGAAUUCGGAAGAAACAUCACCGAAAACUUGUUCGCUAAGUUGUACGACGCUAAUUUUCCCCGCGAGCUGAUAAAUUGUCGUACGUUGCAGGACGUGGUGUUUGGGGCGAUGGACGUGUCGAAUAAGGAACAGGGAAAUUCGCAUUGCUUGUCCUUUAAGAUUAACAGCCUGCCCAUUUGCUUCGACCUGGGUAAUCCCGACGUUUUGGAUUGCCUUUCUUUAACGUACAAGGUGAACUGGCCAUUGAAUGUUUUGCUGCCGACGGAUACCAUAGCAAAGUACGACGAGGUCUUCAAGUACCUUUUGAAGCUGAAUAGGGUGUCGUGGGUGUUGAAGAAAAUAUUUUUGGAGUUGAAAAUACUGGCGAAAGAAACGGGGAAAAAAGAAAUUUACCUGAUGGCGUCGCCUCAGUAUCGAAGACUGCAUCAGUGUCGACACAUAAUGACACAUUUUAUGCAAACGUUACAAAAUUAUAUCGUCGGGGAAGUGUUACAGUCCAGUUGGGAAGUGUUCGAGAAAAAUUUGGCCAACGUGACUAAUAUCGAUGAACUGUAUUCUGCGCAUACGACGUACAUAAAAAAUAUUCUCUUCAUGUGCCUUCUGAAUCAAAAAACCGUUAUCUUGAGAAACGUCAUCCAAAGAAUCUUCACAGUGAUACUGAAAUUCUUCGACUAUUUGAGGUCUCGCAGUUGGACCUGCAAAGAUGGCUUUUACGUUCACCCGAACUUCCAAAAGCUGGAAAGCAUCUUCAGAAAUUUCGAGGAACUGGUUUUGUAUUUGUUUAAAGUAUGUCGUAAAGUGGCCAAAUGCGGCUAUCAACCUCACUUGAUCCAAUUGCUUGAUAUGCUCGAUAUUAACGCUUAUUACUCACAUAAUCAAAAAUCGCCUUCCCCUUAAUUUUGUUAAGCUUUGAAUCUCAAAAUUUUAAAUAAAUGUUAUUUAUUUGUGUUAUUAAGCGAUUUAUUUAUUG